AUGUCAAAUCAAGAGAAGAUCGUUGGAUUAAGACUAUACAUGAUUAUGUUGGCUAUGCUUUUAACAGGUACAGCAAACACAAUCCUGAUGAAAAUGCAGAACCUUACAAUUGUUGGAGGGGACAAUUUUAACCAUCCCUUUGUUCAAUGCGCAAUCAUGUUUGUGGGAGAAUUUUUAUGUCUCGGCAUCUAUGGGAUCAAAAUUCUUUUUAUGAAAUAUUAGGCUAGCUAAAAAAGUGGAAGCAUUGAACCUCAAUCACCUGGAACUAAAGCUGCAAAUAUUAUUCAUCUUAAGACAAAUAUUAAUCCAUUGUGGCUUGCAAUCCCUGCUGCAUUUGAUAUUAUUGCCUCUACACUGAUGAAUAUUGCUCUGACAAUGGUUGCUGCCUCUGUAUAUUAAAUGCUAAGAGGAAUGAUUAUUAUAGUCACUGCUGCUAUGUCUAUUAUCUUCCUUAAGAGAAAGCUAUACAGGCAUCAUUGGUCAUCGAUUGGUUGCAUCUUUUUCGGAGUAUUUUUAGUUGGUUUAGCUGCCGUAUUAAGCUCAGGAAGUGAUGGCUAGUCAACUAAUGUCUGGGGUCUACUAAUUCUUAUUAUCGCUCAACUUUUCGCUGGUGGAUUAUUCAUCGUUGAAGAAAAACUACUUGGAGACUAUUAUCUUGACCCAUUGAAAGUAGUAGGAUUAGAAGGAAUGUGGGGAAUGAUCUUCUAUGCUAUACUAUUACCAAUUUUCCAGCAAAUUAAAUGUUCCGGAUAGCUCUGUCCUUAUGGUGUACUUGAGGAUACUACAAGAGCUUUCUAAGAUUUCGGGGAUGAUCAUGUCUUAAUUAUUCUCAGUGUUGGAAUUUGCUGUUCAAUUGCAGGUUUCAAUUCUUUUGGAGUUGCAGUAACUAAAAAUGCAUCAGCUGCUUAGAGAUCCACCAUCGAUACAUCAAGAACAGUAUUGAUCUGGAUUUUCUUCUUGGCAAUCCCAAUCUAUGGAACAUAUUAAGAGCACUUCAAGUGGUUACAAUUAGUAGGAUUCAUCUUUUUAGUCUUUGGAACUCUAGUUUACAACGAGAUCCUUGUUUUGCCAGUUCUAGGCUUUGACCAGUAUACCAGAGAAGCUUUGGCAAAGAAAUCUCAUGCCAAUACUGACAAUAAAGGCCUACUUGACCUUAAUAAUAAUUCUGAUAACACUCCCUCAACUAAUGAUAUGGACUAUGCUGCAACAUCACCUCAUGCAGCAUAUGACGCAAACAGACUUAAGAGAAAUAUUCAGAAUCACAUGGAGGAUUUGAUUAAUAAGACUGGGGGUGGAGAUGAAGUCAAUAUGUCUAUAGAGGAAAAGAAUGAGAAAAAUGUUUUCUGA